AUGGCAACAACACAAAUGAAAACACCGCUCAAUCCACGCCCAUACAUUAAUGAGUUAGUUGGAAAAAAAAUUCUUGUGCGUCUCAAAUGGGGUAUGACUUAUGAGGGCGUUCUUGUUAGUGUUGAUCAAUAUAUGAAUGUACAAUUAGGCAAUGCUGUAGAAUAUAUUGAUGAUCAAAACAAAGGUCCAUUAGGUGAAGUCCUUAUUCGAUGUAACAAUAUUCUUUAUAUAUCCGGCAGGGAAGAAGCUGAUGAAGAUGAUGAUGCUAUGGCAUAA